AUGGGGGUGGCUUGCGCUGCUGUGGUACAGGCGCGGCCGUGUCGUCGAGGAUGGCGGCGGGUCUUGUACGCCGUGCUUCUGUCGUGCACCUGGCUAUCCGGGGCUGGCCCCGCCUUGGUUGAGGGGGCUGACUUGGCUUUCCCUGGCUGUCCACUCAAGAUUGUGCACCCCCACAAUACCGAGUUUAGUAACAGACCUGGUGAUGUGUACUCCUGUACGCCCCCACCUUUGGAGGAUUUGGUGCAAAUUGGUUCCAUCUGCCAGCUCAACACAUCGAGCGAGAUUGUACAGCAGAGUCCGCAGGACUUGCCUUGGGGAACCCUGCGUUGCAACGCGCAACUGGUCUUUUUGACCGUUCCAGACACUCCACUUUCCCCCUUUUAUCAAAGCCUGGGCUGUGAGGUCACUUGGGAUGCCCACGGGUUUGCAGCCCUCGACUGUGAUGGCCGCCGAGCUCAAACACUUGGCCAGCCGUAUCUUCGGGAAAUGCCCCACGGCGGCAUGCCUUUUAAUCUUCGGCGCCUUACCCUACGCCAUCAUUUGAUUCGCAGCAUCUUCCAUCACAAUGUUUUUGCGCUGCAACAACUUCAAGAGCUUGACGUGAGUCACAACCGAAUUAGCAUGAUCAGCCAAUCUGCGCUGGCCCAAGCUCCAGAACUCCUCUACCUCAACCUUAGUCACAACAUUCUCGAGACAUUGCGACCCGAACACAUGCCCAACCUUCAUGCACUCCGCGUCUUAGAUUUGCGUGGCAACACUUUUCGGGAGUUGCAGGCAGAUCUCCUGGCCAUCGUCAUGAGCCCAGACUGCGAAGCAGUGUACCUGCCCGAGGGUUGUUAUCGCGUAGAACCCCAAUCCUGCCGCUCCCUCAUCGCCUCUAGUAACACAUCUCUGUGCAAUGUUGUGAAGCCCGUGCUUUUGCCUUGCUCGAAUGAAAGCAGCACCGCGCCUGCCAUGAUCACGGCCACGGCAUACUGUGACGGUGUCGUGGACUGCGCCAAUGGAGCAGAUGAAGUCGACUGUACUCAGUUGUGGCAGGUGCAGGGCAUGGACGUCCUGCAGCAGUGCUCCAAUGGUAUUCUGCAAGCCACUUGGUACAAAGGCUUGCUCAACCUCUAUCCGACCGACCCCUUUUACGUCUCUUUAUGUGCGGGGUUCUUGCAUGCGCUCAGCAUCCGCAUUGUCGCUGCACCCAACGCCUCCAGUCCGCGCGCGGAUAUCGUCUGGACAUCCAUUCUUGAUGAACGAUUUGCUUUUGUGGAAGCAAGCCGAACCACCAUUUAUCUGUUGAUCAAGCAAGCCGUGCACAAUGGGCCCUCUGAAAGUGAUUGGCCCAUCAUUCUGGCAAGCACAACAUCCGCCACGCCCGGCCAACCAAACUCAACUGCUGGCACCUUUACAACUGCCAGCUCCCCAAGCCAUCACGCAAAGAGAGUGCAAACCAUCGUCGUCAUUGUCAUAGCUCUCGUCGGGCUGGGCGUUAUCUUGGCCGUGGCCGGCGUUGUAUUUUGGCGCCGAGGUCAACAUCACCAUUUGUUGCAGGGUUUGGGUGGGCUCGCGUCGGCUCAAGUGUUGGAGCGAGCCAUCAUCGGCAUUGCUCUUUCAGAGCACAAGCCGCUGCUUGAGCGCCUCGAGCUUUGGUGCGCAGAUAUGCAGUCCAACCGCAUUGCCGCGAGUCAAGUGCAUGUUCGUGAACAGCUGAGCCGCGGACGAUUUGGCGCCAUUUAUCUGGGCGCGCUGACCUUUCAGUCCGCCCCAGUUAUCAUCAAAGAGCCCUUGAGCAGUACACCAGAGGCUGUCUCCAUGGCCAUCUCCGAGCUGUUGCUGCUGGGCGCUUGUCGGCACGAAAACAUUGCCAAGGUGAUUGGGGUUUUCAGUCAAGGAGACGGAAGCUUGGCGCCUACGCUCGUGAUUUCAUACUACGCAGGGGGCGAUUUACGCUCCUAUCUACAGCGGCACCGCGGCUGGCAAGAGCUACCCGAUGCGCACUUUGUGACUGCCAUUGUUUGCCAGCUCGCGUCUGCCCUGGCCCAUUUGGCCUCGUUGCAAGUUGUUCAUCGUGAUGUGGCCGCGCGGAAUGUGCUUUUAGUGCAUGCCAAUGGUCUCACAACAGAACCAAAGGUGGUUCUCAGCGACUUUGGUCAUGCCCGUGUCAUGCAGCGAUCGGGUUCAGGAAGAGCCUUGCGGGGCGCCACAGGGGACGAAAAUGGGGAGUUGGAUGAGGACAGCGGCCAGUAUUAUCGCCAACGGGGCCUUCUGGAGACGGCGACACGGUGGCAGCCUCCAGAAGUGUUGCGAGAGGACAGGUUUAGUCCGGCCAGUGACGCUUGGUCGCUUGGUGUCCUAAUGUAUGAGGUCUGGACUUUUGGACAAGUUCCUUACGCUGAAGUUGUGCGGGAGGCAGAUGUGCUACGCGCCAUCUUGCGAGGAGCGCGCCUUGCACUCCCGGAGGGCGUGCGCUCGCGGGCGCCCCAGCUGUUCAAGUUGUGGCAAAGCUUGCAGGCCACCGAGCCGGAACGACGCCCUGUGGGCGAUCAAGUUGUGUUGCACCUCAAGGCCGAAGAUGGGGAACCGAAGGAAGAGGAAAGCGCGGUCUAA